CCCAGUUUUUAGAUAGGCUAUAUGCAUUGCCCGAGUUGAAAAUGGAGUUCGUGUGAGAUAGAUGCUCAGAACUUCCAAUUAGGAAAUCUCCUAUCUCUGUUCUCGUGAUAACGUUUGGUGUAUCAAAAUAGGAUAGUUGUCCAAACACCUUACGAUCCCUGGAAGCCUCGUCUGGACAGUUCUGACAAAUUGCUCGGAGAAACGCUGCUGCCUUUUUCAAGUGUUGUCCCCAAGAAGUUGCAGAGGGAAUAGCUCGAUGGCUAGCUGGAACAAGAAUUACGAGCCUGAUGUCGAAUUUCAUCUGCAAUUGUAACUGAUUGACCGUAUUGGAAUUUGUUUAUCGUCGUGGCAGAGGACAAUGGUGAAAAUGGUUAUUUCAUUGCAGUCGGAUUUUACUUCUGUGGAACAUACAAUGAAUCAGCGGUUGCCUUUCCCGUUCUAAUUUCAGUUCUUCGCUUUCCUCUGAGAGCUACACGGCAUGCAUCAUUGUAGACCCUAUAUUUAUUUCGAAUAACUGGCUUUUUCUUCGAAAAAAAAAAAAAUUUUUUUGCGGAUAAUUUCUCCGCUGUGACUGCGUCGUCGAUGCUAUUUCCAGUAUUUGGAUCCCCGUGAGAAAAAAAUGAGCGAAGAGUCGACAAAUCCAAACGAUGACAGUUACGCACGUGUGAGAGCAGUGGUGAUGACACGGGACGACUCCAGCGGAGGGUGGCUCCCCCUGGGGGGUGGAGGCUUGAGCUGCGUCACUGUCCACAGAGUCAGUCGGCCUGACGACAGCAGCGGCAAUGGGAGUACUGGUGGAAAUGGCAGUGGCGGUGGGGCUGACUUCCUUAUCCAGGGGGAGCGGCUCAAAGACAAGUCGAUUGUGCUGGAGUGUAACAUCAAGAGGGACUUGGUCUACAACAAAGUCAAUCCCAUCUUCCACCACUGGCGGAUUGACAACAAGAAGUUUGGCCUAACCUUUCAGAGUCCAGCUGACGCGCGAGCCUUCGACAGGGGUAUACGCCGAGCCCUGGAGGACAUUAAGCAAGGUUGUCCAGUGUACAGCGACUCAGACACUCCUGAAGAUGGACUACAGGUGCCCACAGAGCCACCCUCCAUCUGCAGCCCCAUGAAGGAGCCCUUCUCACCCCACGGGGGCAUGAUGCCCAGCGAGCUCCGCGGCUGUUACGUGCGCGCCCAGCCCUUCGAUGAAUUCCCCACCUCCCACCGCCGCUACCUGCCACCCCAGGUCUCCUUUAGCUCCCAGCGCCACGUCACCUUCCACCCAGAUGAGGAGGAGAUUGUGCGCAUCAACCCCCGCAAGGACGUGCUGAUCCGGGGCUACGAGGACUACCGCCACCCGGUGGUGUGGAGGCAGGAAACUGAGCGUGACGAGCACGAGUCCAAGCCCUGCUCCUACCUGUACCCAGAGGGCUCCCUGGGCGGCGUGGGGGGAGGCCUUGGCGGGGUGGGCGGCAUCGGGGGCGGCCACGGGCACAAGGAGCCAGUGAAGACGCAACAGCCGUCACCGCUGCUCAAGGGCAAGGCGUCACGGCGGCGCCGGGAGGAGGGCGAGCGCUCGCGCUGCCUCUACUGCCGCGAGAUGUUCAACCGGCAGGACAACCGGCGGGGCCAGUGCCCGGACGCACCGGACCCCAUCCGGCAGUGCAUCCACCGCGUCAGCUGCAUGCUGUGCGCCGAGAGCCUGCUCUACCACUGCAUGUCCGACUCUGAGGGCGACUUCUCGGACCCUUGCUCGUGCGACACGUCCGACGAGCAGUUCUGCCUGCGCUGGGCGGCGCUGUUGGCGCUCUCGCUGGUGGCGCCGUGUAUGUGCUGCUACCUGCCGCUGCGCCUGUGCCACCACUGCGGCGAGGCGUGCCGCUGCUGCGGCGGCAAGCACAAGGCGGCCGGCUGAGCGGCAACAACAUUUGCCACCCCCCGCGGAAAGUCGCCACGUGCCCACCUAUGGGAAUUAUUAAAAAAAAAACAACGAUGCAACCACAGAGAAUUUUGUUUCUCGGAAUUUAGGAAAAAACAAACGACAAAAAGGACUGAGUGGUGCGGAAGAGCAAAAAAACGUCAGCAUCUUUGUAGUUGUGUUCCUCUUUGCUCCCCGUUGGCCUUGGAAAAACGGGUUGAGGGAGAGGGGUCUCCUCUCUCCCGCUCCAGGCCGUCGGGAAGGCUUUUAGAGAUUUGUUUGGGGGGCGCAGCGGAAGCCCCAACAGGAAAGGCUUCAGUGGAUCUGGAAGGCUCUUUGUGUCAACGGAGGCUUUCAACGCGCAAUGGAGAAGCUCCAGGAUUACCAGAUGUGGAGAUAUUUCUGAACACACACACACACAUAGGCUUACACACACUCAUUCAACAUCCACACUUGCAUAAACUUGAACAUGGAAACAAACAGGCCACCAUUUCAGACUCAUGAAAGUAAUGUGUAUCUUCAUGAAGGAAUACUGUCUUUUUUUCCUUUUUGUACAGAGAUCAAAAAACAUAACAUAUGAAGAUAAUUACAAAAAAUGGAACUCCGUACCCAGUUGUGCUUACAGAAAAAUAUACUGUAUGAGUUAAAAUGCUAAAAGGGAUUUGUUCUUGCUUUUUCUUGUGACUUUGCAGUUGGAUAACCGUGGCCUUUCUUUUCUGACUUAAGCAUUCGCUGACAGUGUAAUCAUUUAGACAGAAGAAAAAGUGCACUAGGUAUGUUUUUUUUCUCCCUUCCAUAUAAGGUAACCCAAAUGGCUUCUAGUGAUACAUUAACAGGAAGUCCCUUCUUGUGUUUUAGCUGUGCAGAGAUGUUUUAUCCUUUCUUAUGUCUAUGGUGGAUGUACAUACGUUUCCUUGUUUCGCCUUUUUCAAUGACCGUUCAAGUACAGUAACGCCAUUGUUUUUGAAGGGUGUCGUCUGAAAUAGCUUUUUGACGGUUCUUAGAUGUCGAAUGGACUUCCAUCCCCGUAUUGACAACAUAGUUUUGGACCAUUUACUUGCAUUCCAGUGGAGUAUGAUUGGAUUAUUUAAUACUGAAGGGAAACUGGUAACACAUUGGUCACCUCCCUCAGAAGACUAAGGGGGAUAUAAAAAAAAGAAAAAAAGUUAUGUCCUACUGUCAGGAAUGAAGAUAGUGCCCCGUUGCCCAAUAUUCACAAGACCAACCUCCCAGCUGCAGCUCUCCUGGUGUUGUUUGCCCCGUGCUGUCAGUGUUGUUUGCCCCGUUGCGCGUGCGUUUCAGAAUGAAACAACAUUUUGUUUUCUCCCUCAGCUUUUGUGCUCAGAGACCAUUUCCAAACAAAAAGUUGGCUCAACCAGCAAGUUUUUAAUUUUAGAUUUUCAUUUGAACAAAUUGUUUGUAGGAGUAAUUAUUAUUAUUUUUUAUUUGUCAUUGUUAUUGUUUGGGUGAAGAUGAGGAGACCCUCACACACCCUUUGUUGUAAAAGAGGCACUUACAAUUAGGCUUAUCUGAGAGAAUCUGACUAUUGUUGCUCCCUCAGCAUUAGCCAUGCUGAUGGUAGAUCUUCUAAGUAGUCUAAUCUCCCCUCAUCAAAGCACCUAGAUUGAAAUGGAGAAUCUAAGUACUCCAUGCCGUUGUGGACACCUUUAUGGUUUGUCUGUGCCUGGUUGUGCACCUAACAAUAAUAUACCAUGCACAUUACAAAGAAUAAACAACUGUAAUUUUAAACAAACAUUUCUUAGUUUGAAAUGUGUAUAGCCUUAUAUAAUGCAUCUCCUGAACCCCACUGUUGAGUCACCCAGUACUUCGGAACGUUAAUUUUUCCAUGUCUAGUUUAUGUGUGUUGCACUUCUUUUGUGAUAUGUGAGUUGUGUUUGACUGUGUGUCAUACAGAACCCCCCACCACCCACACACACACACACACACACACACACACACACAAAGCAUAAUGAUGACUCAGGUGUGGGAACCCUUGUAUGUAGGGACAACAGUUUCACCCCUGAGAACCUCUCUAAAAGUACCCCUCUCAACUGUCAUGUACAGUUACACAAAAUGGGGGAAAAAAUCCAAUGAGAUUGGUCUGUGUUAUGUAUAGAUUACCAGAGGUCUAACGCAUAAGUGAAAACAUUUUCAGUAAUGGAUGUUCUCCCAGUAAUAGAAUCGUAAUGUAAAGGAAUAGUUCAGUGACAAAUAAAAUCCCAUUAUCUCUCAUUUAAAUUAAGUUUAUCCCAAAAGUGUUUGGAAUACAAACAUUUACCACCUAGUUUUGCACUGGAGCUGUAAGAUAUAUUACAAGUGAUGGAAGCAUAUUGGAGUUCAUGCAAGCAUCAUGCAACAGAUGGCAAAAAGCUAUUUGGCUUUUGUUUAUUAAAAAAUCUUUGAAGCGGCAAAAUCUUUAAAAAGAAGAAUCAUUAAGUAAUUCAAUUUUGUACAUUUAAAUAGAACUAUAUUAUUCUAGUAAUCUUAAAGUAAUCCUUGGUUCAGAAAUGUCGCUACCAUUUUCUGAUCAUAAUGGUAUUCUUUCAUUAGUGCAGUAGACAGGUCUAUGAUUUUGGCAUGCCGUUUUCAUGAUCGCCUAAAAGCUUUAAAUGUGAACUCUGUGAACCUCGUUGCAGCCUCCAGUACAAAACUCCAGGAGCAAAACCCACUGAUGCAUUAGCACCGUUGAUGCAUUUACCAGCAGAGCUUAUCUUCACUCUAGAAUUUUUCUGUUCUUGACUGCACAACAGUAGAAGCGACCAUGACUCUUUAAAAACUUGCGCAUGGGGAAAUCCAAAUUGCUAUUUUCAGACCCCUUCAGUCCUAAGCAACAACAUUCUUUACUUUCUAUGCAACUAUGAUCACUUAAAGAAACGAAACCUCUUUCGCAGUCAGUAACAUGACACUUUAAAAGUUACCCCAGGUACCAAACUCUCUCUUUUUUUUUUUUUUUUUUUUGUAAUGUAAAUAAGUAACACUAUAUUUAAACCGUAAUAAUAAUCCCAGUCUAAAUUUUUAAGAUAGAGUUGUAUUUAUCACUGCUGUCAGUAUAUUACUGUAGCUGACAUUGACAGCACUAUGUACAUAGGUCACCUUUUAGUAUUAUUUCACAUUGAAAAGUAGAGGGAGCUGAAGAAGAGGAGUAAGCUUUUAAAUAGAGUUUCUUUCUAGUUUUGUAUUGAACGCGGUGGGAAGGGGACACUGAGGGGUACAGCAGUGGCAGUUCCACUUUUAAAAAGUUUGAUAUAUGAAGCUGCUAGAAACAAUCACUAAUUUUAUUAUGUUGAGGGUAAAAAUAUAUAUAUUAAAAAAUAAAAUACAGAAUUCAGACUGUUAAAACAUUACCUAGUUCUCUGAUACCAUAUAACCUGAGAUCACAAAUCUGUCUCUUUGUUUUGUCUGUCUGUCUAGAUAUGUUUGUUUUGUAUGUGCACUCAUCUCUGAGCAUACAUUUUCCCCAUGCCUUUUGUCUUGCACCAGAUUGAAUUGGACUGCUUUUCAUAUUUCAUCCACCCUAAACCAAGGUUUAAGCAACCAUAACAAAACUUGCUGGCUGAGAAGCUAAACGUAGGACACCCAUAGGACUACCAAUAUUUAUACAGAAUCUGUAUUUAAUGCCACAAAGUUUCAUUCUGCAUUAUCUAGCACAGUGCAACUCCAUGUUGUGUACUGUAUUUUAUAUGCAAGAUGUCUACUUUUGUUUGGAUUUUUCAUGUCUUCUUUUAUUUUGUCUUUAUUAUAAACCUAUCCGUUAACUUUGCAUAAACAUGACUUCAGUUUUUAACCACUUUGCUGCUAUACAGUAGUCUAUCUUCCUUCAAUCUUGGAAACUGUGCAUAACUAUGGAAUGCAGAAAGACAUACAUUCUUGACUUGUCUGGGUUUAAAAAAAAAAAAAACAGAAAAGAAAUGCAUAUAUAAACAUGUUUCUUGAGUGUAUUGUUUAUGAAAAAGAAUUUUACUUUUCAUAGCAGUUGAGUUGUUUCUUUAUCCAGUUUCUCUGAUGCUUGGGUGCACUGAUGUAUGUAGCUAGGCUUCUUUCUUCUCCUUCCAGCGCUUGAUGAUGUAACUAUCCCGUGGUUAGUUCUUGGUAGUGGAAAAAAACAUUUGUGUUUUUGGAAAAAAAAAAUGCAGUAUAAAUGGUACUCUUCUGAUAAUUCUUCUAUAAACACUGCCUGAUUUUUUUGUUUCUUUUUCUGCAUCUUUUCUUUUUCUUUGCAGUGCUGUCUGCUCAUUCUCACACCCUGACAACCUCAACAAGUGCCUCACAUCCAUUGUAAUGUUCAUCUAAACUUUUAACAGUGCUGAUUUCCGGUUAUAACGGUUUAUAUGCAUUCUAGGUACUUCUAUCACCCUUUUUUUGAAAAUACCAACUAUAUGAUGUAAAAUUUAUAGUCAAUAACUCAUAUCAUAGUUGUAUUUUCUUUUUAUUACAGAUGUAGCGUGUUACUUUUCAUAAAUGUCAUGUAAAUAUGCAUACAUAUGUUUGUAACUGUUUUUAUGUUCCAUCACACACUUGUAAUUUUGACAUAUCAAAAUAACAUUAUCAUAAUAAAAUGGUGAGUUUUAAUAGGU